AUGCUCCCCCGCCAUCGCCAUGUCCGCCGCCUCCUCCUCCUCCCCAAGCCCCUGCCUCUCUCCACCAGCGCCACCACGGCCUUCUCACCUCCCAACCCCGCUCCCUCCUCCGCCGCCGCCUUCCCCACCGCCCCCUGCCCCGGCCUCGACCCGGCCGCGCUGGCCCCCGACGACGCCAUCGCGGCGCUGCCAUCCGUCGCGGACUCCGAGGGCUCCACGGCGGCGCUUGCGCUCUUCCGCCGCCUCUCCUCCCGCCCGGACCUCUGCCACCUCAUGCGGCUCUACGCCACGGCCACCACCUUAUUCGUCGCGCGGGAGAACCUGCCCAUGGCGCACGAGGCAGCGCGCGCGAUGGUGGCCAACUUCGCGGAGGCCGGGCGCCUGCGGGAGGCCACGGACAUGCUGCUCGAGCUGCGGAGCCACGGGCUCCCGCUCGUCGUCGAGACCGCCAACUGGGUGCUCCGCGUCGGGCUGCGGCACCCGGGCUGCUUCGCCCACGCGCGCGAGGCGUUCGACGGAAUGGCGCGGGCCGGCGCCGCCGCCGGCGGCGGCGGCGGCGUGCGCCCCGACGGACGCAGCUUCCGGGCGCUCGUCCUCGGGGGCUGCCGGGAGGGGCGGUUCGAGGAGGCCGACGCCCUGCUAGCGGCGAUGUGGCGGGAGGGGUUCUCCCUCGACAGCGCCACGUGCACGGUGGUCGUGCGCGCGUUCUGCCGGCAGGGACGGUUCAGGGACGUGCCUGAGCUGUUCGGGAGGAUGUCGGAGAUGGGUAUGCCGCCGAACGUGGUGAAUUACACUGCGUGGAUCGAUGGUCUGUGCAAGAGAGGCUUUGUCAAGCAGGCGUUCCAUGUGCUGGAGGAGAUGGUCGCGAAAGGGUUGAAGCCAAAUGUGUACACACAUACGUCGCUCAUCGAUGGGCUAUGCAAGAUUGGGUGGACAGAGCGGGCGUUCCGCCUGUUCUUGAAGCUUGUUAAGAGUAGCUCCUACAAGCCGAACGUGCACACGUACACUGUGAUGAUUGCAGGGUACUGCAAAGAGGGCAAGCUUGCUCGAGCUGAGAUGCUGUUGGGGAGGAUGGUUGAGCAGGGACUGGCCCCAAACACAAACACAUACACUACAUUGAUCAAUGGGCACUGCAAAGGAGGCAGCUUCGAUCGUGCCUUUGAGCUUAUGAAUAAGAUGAAGCUGGAAGGUUUCCUGCCCAAUAUUUACACAUAUAAUGCCAUUAUUGGGGGAUUUUGCAAGAAGGGAAAGAUUCAAGAGGCUUACAAGGUGCUCCGAAUGGCCACUAGUCAGGGUCUGCAUCUUGAUAAGGUGACGUACACUAUACUGAUAACUGAACAUUGCAAACAGGGCCACAUAACUUAUGCUCUUGAUUUGUUAAACCAGAUGGCAGAGAACAGUUGCCAUCCUGAUAUAGACACGUAUACCACCAUCAUUGCUAUGUAUUGUCAGCAGAGGCAAAUGGAACAAAGUCAGCGGCUCUUUGACAAAUGUCUUUCCAUAGGAUUAGUGCCAACGAAGCAAACUUAUACCUCAAUGAUUGCAGGAUACUGUAGAGUUGGCAAAUCGACCUCGGCUCUCAAGGUCUUUGAGAGGAUGGUUCAACAUGGAUGCCUUCCUGACUCUAUAACUUAUGGGGCACUGAUAAGUGGGUUAUGCAAGGAAUCAAGACUAGAGGAAGCAAGGGCAUUAUUUGAGACAAUGCUUGAUAAACAUUUGGUGCCAUGCGAUGUAACUUGUGUCACCUUAGCUUAUGAAUAUUGCAGGAGGGAUAAGACAACCAUUGCUGUAUCAUUCUUGGAUAGACUGGACAAACGGCAACAGGCUCAUACAGCAGAUGCACUAGUUAGAAAGCUCAGUACUGUUGGGAAUUUGGAUGCUGCUAGUCUUUUCCUUAAAAAUGUUCUGGACAAGCAUUAUGCUGUUGACCAUGCAACUUAUACAAGCUUCAUCAAUUCAUGCUAUGAAAGCAAUAGAUAUGCUCUAGCUUCUGAAAUAUCUGAAAAGAUCUCAAAGCGGAUUUCUGGCUUUAAGAAAAAGGAUGUUGCAGUUAUUCCUUGA